AUCCCAAAAUACAAUCGUGGAGGGAUGACGUCAAUUGAAUUCCCUAUCCGAAUUUGUUUUAAUGCUAACGACUUAAACAAUUGACUAUCAAACGUUGGGAACUCUAUCAAACACCAACAAACUGUUAAAAAAAUAAACUGUUGAGAGUAUGAAUAAACGGCUAAGUAUAUGGAGCGGUUGUUCCAUUUUAUAAAACUUUACGACUUCACUAGUGAUUUUACUUCAUGGACUAAAUAAACAUGGCAGACGCCACUGCUAGACGAGAGGCUCGACGUAGACGAAUUUUGGAAAAUUCAGAGACGCGACUACAAAGAAUUACAAGUGGGAAGCGUAUCGGACACGAGGAUGUUCAUCCUCACCUGACCCAACCGAAGAAUGACGAUUUGGUUGAAAUUUACUUAGAACAGCAAGAUUGCCUAACCCUGAACCAGUCAUUGCCAAAUAAUUUACAUAGGCGCAAGGGUUCAUCUAUGGACGAUAGCCCCACUUUGACGAACCAUGUUGUACAAAAUGAGAGGCAGAGCAAUACUGUUACGAAUAAAGUUAUGAAUGUAUCAGACAAUGGUAAUAAGAAUGCUUCUAUCAAAAAAGUAGUUCAAUCUGCCGAUGCAGGUCUGUUAUUCACUGUAUUUGGAAAUAAAUGGACGCUCGUACUCCUUGCAGCUCUCGUAAAUGUCUUGUAUCUUUUGCAACUGCAACAUUUCUGUGGCAAGGAUAUUCUUGUACCAUUCUUUACACUGGUGUUGGUGCGGCUGCAUCUAUUUGACAGCAAAGCAGAAACGCAGGGUGGAAACGUGUUAUCUGCGGUUCUAAUAUUGUGCAGUGUGGAUCCUAAACUCGUUCAUAAUCUCAGAUGGGUGAUGAGAAUAUGUAGAAAAGUUGUAGAAGAAUUUUCAAUCUAUAUCUUUAGCUUCGUCGUCCUGCACAAUGUGGCUUCUUUGUACUAACACGACAUUGAUAUUACAGUUUUAACAAUUGAUUCGUCAAACAAUUAGCAACUGUAAUAAUAUAUAAUAAAUCAUUUUUACGUGGCAACAAAACAUCACCUCAAAAUUGCAUGUCAAAUAAUGAAACACUGUCCUUGUAUAAAUUAUAAUAUCUAUAUACUGAUAAUAAAUUUUCUUUUUUUGAAAACCUA